AUGACCUCCACUGCCGCGGGGUACCCACUCGACAAGUACGAUGCGCCGUCAAUGCAGAGCCAGCAGCAGCUCUUGCAGCAGCAGCAGUUGCAGCACCUCCAGCAGCAGCAGGUCCCAACUAUAUGCGGCAUGCCUUUGAAAUACGUUUCACUCGUCACCCUCGCCGUCCAAAACGCCGCCCUGUCCAUUGUCAUGCACUACUCGCGCGUCUCUAUCCCCCCGUCCCUCGCCUACUCACCCGCCUCCGCCGUCCUGCUCAACGAGAUCCUCAAAGGCUCUAUUUCCUUCCUCAUUGCCCUCCUACGCUCUCCGCUACUUACACAACCGCUGCACCAGCACCCCCUGACUCGCCGCAAGCCGCUCUCAUCCCCCAUGCUCUGGGCCCACGCUUUCACCCACCUCUGCCGCGAAGUCUUCUCCCCAGACUGCUGGAAGCUCAGCAUCCCCGCCAUCCUCUACGUCGUCCAAAACUCCCUCCAGUUCGUCGCUAUCGCCAACCUCCCCGUCGCGUCCUUCCAGGUCACCUACCAGAUGAAAAUCCUUACCACCGCCGCAUUCAGCGUCGCCCUCCUCCGCAAAAAGCUCUCGCCAGCAAAAUGGCUCUCGCUCUUCUUCCUCGCUAUUGGCGUCGGCAUCGUCCAGAUCCAAAACGCCGCGACAGCACACAAGCCUACGGCCGUAGGCAGCGCACACGAGUUCCACCACGUCAUGAACCCGCUCAAGGGCUUCGGCGCCGUCACAGCCGCAUGCUUCACAUCCGGCCUCGCAGGCGUCUACUUUGAGAUGGUCCUCAAGGGCUCCAAAGCCGAUCUCUGGGUGCGCAACGUGCAGCUCUCCCUCUUCUCCCUGAUCCCCGCGCUCCUCCCGGCGCUGUACACCGCGCGCCCGCCGAACUCGCAGGGCUUCGUGCACGAUCUGUUCCGCCACUUUGGCGCGUGGGCGUGGGCGACGGUCGGCAUUCAGGUCGCGGGCGGGCUCGUCACGGCUGUUGUGAUCAAGUAUUCGGAUAAUAUUUUGAAAGGGUUCGCGACGAGCUUGUCGAUUGUGUUUUCGUUCCUGGCGAGUGUGGCGUUGUUUGAUUUUAGGAUUACGCCGAGCUUUGUGAUUGGGGCGGGGACGGUGCUUGGUGCGACGUGGAUGUAUAACCAGCCUUCUUCUUCCUCUUCCUCUUCGUCCUCCUCGUCUUCGUCGGCGUCGGCUGCCGCUGCCGCUGCGGGUGCAGGUUCGAUAGCGCUACAACAAAAACACUACUACCAAGACCAACCCUCCGCGUCGUCUUCUCUCGACUCGUCGCCCGUCCUUGGCGGCGGUAAAGAAAAAUCGCUCUUCUCAAUCGUACUCAACGACGCCUCGCCCCCGUCCUCCGGCUCCGCGUCGCCUUAUUACCCCGGCACCCCCGACCCCAACACGGGUGUGAACGGGAACGGGACGAGCGGUGUGUUAGGUGGUCUGGGUGUGGGCUCGUUUAUGCGCAGGAAGAGCGGGGGGUUCGGGGGUGCGGGGAGUAGUAGGAAUAGUAGCACCGCGAGCUUGAGCGCGCUUUUGAGUGCGAGUAUUGGUUCGGUUGCGGCGUCUGCUGGGGCGGGGAACACGAGUCCGACGUCGGGGCAGGGGAGUAUAGCUGGAGUAGGAGGGAGUAUAGGCAGUGGUAUUGGUGGAGGAGGGGCAGGAGGAGGAGGAAGGGGCGAGCUAGGGCUGGCGGAAAGCGGCGAGCUCGUGCAUGAUGAGACGAGUGCGGUGGGGAGCUAUUAUAAUACGCCGUAUUCGUCGAGGCCUGCGUCGAGGGUUGGGUCGAGGCCGCCUAGUCCGGGGCCGGUGAGGUUUGGGAGGGGCGGGUCGUGA